GAAAUGUGUGGUCGGUACUCUGGUGCUUGUGGUGAUAUCUAGACUGUAUUGUUAGCUUUUUAGUAAUAACAGUAUGAAGUGUACCCAUUAAUCAAUCACAUCACGUGCGCUGAAUUCCAAGUUAAUCUUGUCUUUACCUUGACGUAUUCUAUGGUCCCGUAUCAACAGCAUACUGUCACGUGAUAUCUACAACUUCUGUUAUAAAUACAGAAUGUACUGCGCGAGAACCAGACUACUGGGGACAGACAUUAAAAGCAUACUUCCAAGUUAGACAAUUAAACCCAAGAGAAGUUUUGUUAUCAAGAAGAAUGGAAAAUAUAGCUGACUUUUAUUCUAAGAAAGGCUACUUUUCUGGAAUCACUGUUUUGUCAGCAGAAGAGGUGAAAAAGUUACAGACACACUUUGGCCAACUCGAGGAAAACGCAGGUAAGGAAGGCGCUCAGUACUCUCUUCACAAUGUUCAUCUUAAACACUCAUGGGUGAUGGAAAUCGCAUCACAUCAAAAUAUACUUCUCCAUGUCCGCCAGAUCCUCGGCCAGAACAUCAUACUUCUCGACUCACGGUUCAUCUGUAAAUACCCGGAAACAGAAUUAGCCCGGCCGGAUGGGGCCAAGCCCUUUGUCGCAUGGCACCAGGAUAUCAGAUACUGGGGUGUGGACGGUGAGGUGGUCACUGCUUGGCUCGCGGUGGAUGAUGCUGACACGGAGAACGGAUGCAUGUGCGUUAUACCUGGAACACACACUAUGGGGAUACUUGAACACAAGGUUGCCGAGGAAAAAGGAAAUUUGUUGUCAUCGAACCAGUCUAUACCGAUUCACCUAUUGGACGUUACGAAGUCUACCCCGUGUCCGGUCAAUGCCGGACAAAUGUCGCUGCAUUCCGGCCUCCUUGUACACGGAAGCGAUCCCAACAAAUCUAAUCGGAGGCGAUGUGGCUUCGUCAUCAGAUACGUAUCUACGGAGGCGAAGCCAAUUAAAGAUCCUAACAGACCAAGAUCUUUCCCAGCAACCGUCGUAGUAAGUGGUGCUGAUGAACACAAACAUUUUGAGGACCAUAGCCCUGAUUGGUUCUCCAUUCAGCCUUUGACCGUCUAGAAUGGUUACGACUUUAAACAGUUGUAAAUCAACUGUACAUUGUGAUACAUUAUGCUGAACAAUAUUUAUAAAAACUAGAAAUAAAUCAUUGCAGAAAAAAUCGGAUACUCUGUUGUCAAUUUAAGAAUUACACAAUGUAUCUACAUUAUAUGUUAAUCGCGAUCAACGUUAACAAUGUCAAAGCAGCAUAAUUUACAUUUCGUACUAAUUAUAUGCUAAAUCAAGGUUAAUUUGUUGCCAAUAUGUUGAUCAUCCAUUGUUGG